CAAGCGUUUUUUUUUCGGCAUCACAACAAAAGUUGGUGUUUCUUUUACUUCCUCAAAUAAUUUGUUAAAAUCGUGCUUUAAAAACUCCCAAAAAACCAUGGCGUACGAUGCGGCACACGAUGAUGGACCAGGAUUCGUGGGGAUUCGUUUCUGUCAGGAAUGGCGGUCCUCUUCCGGAUUAUCUUUGCAGCAACAACAUGCUUUACCCGAAGGAGGACAAGGAGAACAAGAUCCUGCUUUACGCGUGCCGCAACUGUGACUACAAGCAGGAAGCGGAUUCGAACUGUAUCUACGUGAACAAAAUUAUGCACGAAAUUGACGAGCUGACGCACAUUGUUCCGGAUGUGAUAUCGGACCCGACGCUUCCUCGGACGGAAGAGCACGCCUGUCCCAAGUGUUCCCACAGGGAAGCCGUUUUCUUCCAGGCGCAAACACGGCGUGCUGAAGAGGAAAUGAGACUGUACUACGUCUGCACAAACCCAUCCUGUUGCCACCGAUGGACCGAAUAGAGCGUCGUUCUUUCUUUUAACAACCUGUCUUAUCAUCUUUUCUUUUCAAUAAAACAAACCAUUAGCAUAAG